AUGGAGUUCUCUCUGCUGUGUCUGUUGUGUGUAUUCACUCCAGUGAUUGCCUCGUUCCCUCGUGGCUUUGAGUUCUCAAACUUUCUCAUCCUGCCACGCGCAGAUAAUCCCACCAGCAAAGACGGCAACUGUGGCUCUAAUUCUGAUAACAACGCAACAUGUCUCACAUCCACUUUUGGUAACUGCUGCUCUGAAAAAGGCUUCUGCGGCAAGACUUCAGCAUACUGCGGCGAGGGCUGCCAAAGUGGUUUUGGUACCUGUGGAUCAAGUGGUGGGCAGCUUGUCAGUACCUCGGGGUCUUGUGGUGCGACUUCCUCGAGCAAUAUAACAUGUCAAGGAAGCGAGUUUGGUAACUGCUGCUCUGAAAAGGGCUACUGCGGCAAGACUUCCACGUAUUGCGGUACUGGAUGCCAAAGCGGGUUCGGUACUUGUGAUUCAGAGGAUGAGUCCUCCACGGCCACUACAGCGACUACAGCAACUCAAAAGACUUCUACCACGGCAGCAGCGUCAGCGACGAGCCUCGGUGCUAUUUCUAUUGAUGGAAACUGCGGAUCUAAUUCGGACACCAACGCCAUCUGUGAGGGUAGCGAGUGGGGUGAUUGCUGUUCAGCUAAGGGUUUCUGCGGCAAAACCUCUGACUAUUGUGAGACGGGAUGCCAAUCAAAGUUCGGUUCUUGCAAUUCAACUAGUUCAUCGACUACCUCAUCUGAAAGUUCACCGACAAGCUCACCAACAAGUUCGGAUUCGACAAGUUCAUCAACAAGCACAGCCUCGGCAAGCUCGAUGACUGGCGCCCUUACCACCGGCGCCAAGGCUGGGAUCGCGGUUGGAUCUGUUAUUGGCGGCAUCGGCGUGAUAGGUCUUAUUGCUUGGCUUGUGAUGAGGAGGAAGAAUAAAAAGACUGCGCCAUCAGCGAUGGAAGUCGGCGCGGCGAAAUCUCCGGAGGAGCCCAGGCAUGAGCUUAAGGGGGAUUAUCAUGCCGAGUUGGAUGGAGGAAGUCGCGCUGAGUUGCCUGGUGAUUUUGGAAGUUACAACAAAUGA